GAAGAGGUGAAGGUUCCCAAAGAGAGAGAUUCAAAAAGACUUUAAGACAAACUAUGACAGACGCGACCAGGAAGAGAGACAGAGAGUGCGAGGAAGGAUCACAAUAAGCAGACAGAGUAAAAUAUACGCAGAACGGAAGUGAGAAUAAAAGAAACAGAUAUUCAGCAAGAGAAGAAAACAAGAAAGAAAGGGGUGAAGGACGAUCAACUCCUCUAAAAUAGCGUCUCUGAACACAUGGCGGGAUACUCCAUCUCUUACCUAACGCUGUGGAUUUACAUUUUAAUUCCAGUAAAAACAGGUUCCUAUCCUAUCCAGUUAUUCGGAGGGGGCAGCCGCUGUCAGGGAAUAGUCCAGAUUCUGAGGAAAGACGUAUGGCUGCCUGUUUGUGACCGCUUCUGGAACAACACACUUACAGCAAUGGUGUGUAAGGAACUGAACUGUGGAAACCCUACAGGAUCUGCAGUGAACGGCGAGACAACACUUUCAGUCAACACAACCUUCCUGAGGGUGACUUGUCCCGAUACUGAUUUGUUAAAGGCCUGUAAUAUCUCCUUUGUGACAGAGGCUUAUUGUCGCAGACCGGUUGUAAUCAACUGUACAGAUCCCUUUGUUCUCCGCCUGUCUGGAGGGGGAAGUUCCUGUGCCGGGCGAGUGGAGAUUUUCCAUGAUGGUGUUUGGGGCUCUGUAUGUGAUGAUGGAUGGGACUCCCUCGACGCACACGUCACAUGUCGCCAGUUAGGCUGUGGAAAUGCUUUACAGGCACUAGGUGCAUCCCAUUAUGGACCUGGACCAUCAAAGAUACACCUGGAUGAAAUCGGCUGUACUGGAGCCGAGCUUGACCUGCGGGACUGUCCCGCCAGACACCAACAUGACUGCACAGCACUCGAGCACGCAGGUGUCAUCUGUACAAAUCAUAAAGCGGUGCGAGUGUCUGGUGGUGCAGACAAUUGUUCUGGUCGUGUUGAAGUGUUCACGGAUGGAGUGUGGGGCACAGUAUGUGAAGAUCACUGGUUUGAAGAUGAGUUUGCAAUGCUCUGCAAUACCCUGGGAUGUGGGUCUUUUGUUCGUAAAACGUGCCAUAACCACUCUCUCAGCACCUACACUAGCUUCAUCUGUAAAGACACAGCCUCACUUUGGAAUUGUUCCAUUUAUCACAAAAACCACAACAUUUGUAAAGAGUCCAAGGCCUUGGGAGUCGUCUGUAAAGGUUCUUUGGAGACAGAAACAUCAAUUCCAACAAAAACAUCAAUGAUAACAACAGCAAGAGCUGAAGCGGUGGCCAAUGACAGAUUCUCGCUCGAGGCGAUAAUAAUUUGCGGAACGCUGGCUGUGUUACUCCUGAUAUCGAUUAUCACCUUCACUCUCAUUAUUUGCCGACUAAGGCGACUGCAAAGGGUCUCAUUCCAGAUAACAUCAUUGAUCCCAACCAAUGAAAACAGAAAUUCCACUUUCAGACAGACCAAGCUACCAGUACCAGCAUCCAUCCCUGCUGUGCCAAGCAUGGCAGCGCCAUCAAAUAACGAUGACUACGAAUUCAACACUGCUCCCCCUGCACCUCUAAUCACAUUUCAAGUACCAGCAUCCAUCCCUGCCGUGCCCAGUGUGGACGAGACGUUGGAUAGUGAUGACUAUGACUUUAGCACCACACCCCCUGUGCCUCUGAUCACAGUUCAAGACUAUACGCAGAGAGAAACUGAUGUGAAUGCACAUUGUCAGCAUCAGAAGACAGAGUGGCCUCAGCAAGAAUCCUUCAGGUCUUCUCGAUCUUCUAGCACAUCCUCUGAUGAUGAGAACUGGUACGAAAACUACAGAGGAAACAAUCAAGGAAAUCUCGAUUUAAUGAAUUCUCCAAGGUCGUAUGUUUCCUCCUCAGAGUAUGAUGAUGUCAGCUCCAUCCCUUCAAGCUGAACUGCGCUGGAUCCAUUUAUCACAUUUUUCACUAUAAAGAAAACUAUAAAAUUUCACAUUG